UCCAUGAGGUGAAAGGUAACUACGGCAAGCUACGGCGGUCAGAAAGAACGGCGUUGUGUAAACAUCAGCAGGAGUUCACUGUUACUCUUCUGUGCCUGAACAAAUAGAGCGAAUAUUCACUCGUCAGCUGUGAUUCAUAGCAGUGUAAUGAGAUUGAAAGAAAGGUCUGGGCAGCUCAGGUUAUGGAGCUGGUUUCUGCUCUGCUCCAGCUGUAUGCUGACUGUGUGGGCUCAUGGAGGACAGCAUGGACAACCAGCUGCUUCAAAUCAAGUGCCUCCACCAAUCACCCGGCUGGACAGGAAUAUGGUUCAGGAUAAAGACCACAUCAUGGAGCAUUUAGAAGGGGUAAUUGAAAAGCCAGAAUCGGACAUGACGCCUCAAGAGCUGCAGCUUCACUAUUUCAAGAUGCACGACUAUGAUGGCAACAAUCUGCUGGAUGGACUCGAGCUCGCCACUGCCAUUACUCAUGUUCAUAGAGAGGAAAGAGGAGAUGACAGCCAGCCUAUGAGGGAAGAGGAUCUGAUCAACCUCAUUGAUGACGUUCUCAGAGACGAUGACAAAAACAAUGAUGGCUACAUUGACUAUGCAGAGUUUGCGAGGUCUCUGGAGUAAAAGACGACAGGAAGAGCCGCUGCCUUACUGUGAAUGCAGAUUACCUCUGGUGUACAAAUCUCCAGCACAUUCCUUCACGUGUGUGCGAUUUCACAGGCACAGUAUAUUCGUGCUUCAGUAUAACCUGUAUAAAAUGUCAUACAAUGAAGUGGUGAGGGUCAUGAUGAAGUGACAUGAGACGUUUUGUAUGUAUGCCAUCAGUGUAACAAUUAUUCGUUGUUGCACUCACAUCUGCAUAUGUCUUGUCAGAAUGGACCUUAAUGUAUAAACUGCCAAAUUUAUCCACUGUAAACAGGCAGAAAUUAUGUUAUUAUCGAAUAAAUACUUUGCAGCAACCCUUUCCUGCAAAGCUGAUGGUUAUAUGAAGCUAAAGUGGAAUAAUAAUUGCUGCUCUGCUGAUAAAUGAUGGCAAACACGUGCUCUUUAUGCCUUAAAGGGAUUAUCACUGUUAUCUGUCAUUACAAAUAUACCCAUUCAGAAUGAUCUGCAAUGACAGAAUACUUUAUUGGUAAGCACAAAGCAUCUACCUAUCUAGAUUUGGGAUUGUCUAGAUUUACAUAUAAGUGUGCAAUAUGCCUGUUUGGACCUGUACAACUUAAUGAAUCCCUCUGUAGCCCUAAUGUUCAUUUGCUUGACAUUAAAAACAAGUACAUGAG